UGAGAAGACGGCAGGAAGCAUGCUCUCGGCAGGCCCAACCUCCCCCUCGGCCUCUUGUCGCCUCCUUGACCACUGUCCCUGCAGUUUCUCAGGCACAGGUAGGAUCCUAUGACCAGCUGCCCAUUCCAGCCCACAGUGAUGGAGGCAAAUGAUUCCUCUCGUGUGGAUUCUGAGUUCCGAUACACCCUCUUCCCAAUUUUUUACAGCAUCAUCUUUGUGUUGGGGGUCCUCGCCAACAGCUAUGUGCUGUGGGUCUUUGCCCGCCUGUACCCUUCCAAGAAAUUCAAUGAGAUAAAGAUCUUCAUGGUGAACCUCACCAUGGCUGACCUGCUCUUCCUGGUCACCCUGCCCCUGUGGAUCAUCUACUACUACAACGAGGGCAACUGGAUUCUUCCUGAAUUCCUGUGCAACCUGGCUGGCUGCUUCUUCUUCAUUAACACCUACUGCUCAGUGGCCUUUUUGGCCGUCAUCACUUAUAACCGCUUCCAGGCUGUAACACAGCCCAUCAAGACCGUUCAGGUCACCACCCGCAAGCGUGGCAUCCUUUUGUCCCUGAUCAUCUGGGUGGCCAUUGUGGCCGCUGCAUCCUACUUCUUCAUCCUGGACUCCACCAACACAGUGCCCAACAAGACUGGCUCGGGCAACGUCACACGCUGCUUUGAGCACUACAAGAAGGGCAGCAUCCCGGUCCUCAUCAUACACGUCUUCCUCGUGUUCAGCUUCUUCCUCGUCUUCCUCAUCAUCCUCGUUUGCAACCUGGUCAUCAUCGUCACGCUGCUCACACAGCCGGUGCAGAUGCAGCGCAGUGCGGAGGUCAAGUGCCGGGCACUCUGGAUGGUCUGCACGGUCCUGGCUGUGUUCAUCAUCUGCUUUGUGCCCCACCACAUUGUACAGCUGCCCUGGACCCUGGCUGAGCUGGGCUUCCAGAACAGCAACUUCCACCAGGCUAUUAAUGAUGCACAUCAGGUCACUCUCUGCCUCCUUAGUACCAACUGUGUCUUAGACCCCAUCAUCUACUGCUUCCUCACCAAGAAGUUCCGUAAGCACCUCACGGAGAAGUUCUACAGUAUGCGCAGCAGCCGGAAAUGCUCCCGGACCACCAUGGAGACAGGCACCGAAGUGGUCAUGCCGCUCAAACAUGUCCCUGUCAAUUCCCUCAAAGAUUAGUCCCGGAUUGUUGGAACCCAGAGGCCUAUCCUCCAUGGACAUCAUGGAGUGACCUGGGGGAGGAAGGGGUGUCUGAUGUGGCCCUGGCACCUCCUCCCUGGGCAGUGGUGGCCCAUUAGGUAUGGAGGUUACCUCACCAACGUGUCGAUACUGGCAGAGCCAGACUGCUGGGAAAUCCAGAACUUGAAUGAGCCCUUUCAGCCACCUUUGGGCACAUGCCAUAAUAACCUUGGUUGGUAACCUCAUCCUGAGUGCCUGAGUCUGAUAGUUCUGGAAAGAGUGUCAGGGCUGGGGCGGUCCUUGGGGGUUCACACUGAGCCACCCCAUUCACCCUAGCAGGACAGCAGUCCCAAAUGCGUAAGUCCUAAAGUUUUGGGCAACCACUCCCUUUAUCACUAAAAAGUCAGAGAAGGGGUUUUGGAAAAGGGAUGCUUCCCUCGCCGUGUGGCACCGUCUUUGGGACAGACUUCUGAGCUAGGAUGGUGCCACCCAGUCUCUACCUAAAGGCACAAGGUCUUUGUGACACUUCUUAGGGGAAGUGGCUUGGUGGAACCUUCUCCCGAGUCAUGCAACAACCUGUACUGAGUGGUGAGCAGAGAAGAUAAAACAUGCAGAGACCGAAAGCUAGGAUGGGGAGCCUGUCUCCUGGGACAGAUGUGUGUUUCCGCACAGGCCUCACCUCAGGCCUGGGGCAGCUCUGGGGCAGCGGGAGAGACACAACACCCACAUCCACUUUCUGUCUCAACAAGGGACCCCGAUGAAGAAACUCCUGCAGGACAGCCACCCACUAUGGGUGGGCAAAGUCCCCUCAAAGCCGAAUUGGGGCCCUCCAGGCCACUGUGAUGCCCAGAGACUUCCGUGGGAAAGGACGGUUAGGCUGAGAAGUGCCUGCAGGAAGGCCUCCAGAGCGGAAGGAGCCCGUCAGCUCCGCUCCCCACCUCACCUUCUGCGAGGCCCCUCUGACGUAGCUGCCACGAGCUGAGAAGAGCAACUAGAAUCCCAAGGGCAGGCAGGCACUUUGAGCUCUGGGUGCAGAAGAGAGGUGAAAACUUCUCUCGAGGAGUUCUAGAUGCCUGAGCCUCCUCUCGCACCCUGAGCACCUGCAGUGUGAACCUGACAGCCUCAGACCCAGGGGCUUGGAGGAGCCUUCCCUGGUUUCCAGAAAUCAUCUUCCCUUCCAGCCAGUGACCCCACAAAGCUGGGAUCCUCGUUUCCCGCAUACUGGGCUGAUUUUGAUAAAUGCCUCCCAAUGGGCCAGAGACCUGCUUGGGUCUGGGAUGGCAGCUGUGGGCUGGACUUAGCAGGUGGUGACUAGGUGGAUAGUGCAGCGGACUUGAACUUCGGUGUCACACAGACCCAGGUUCAAGCUGUGGCUUUGUCACUUCCUGCCCAGGGCCUGUGAACUGAAUUUCCGGCCUCAUAGAGUUAUGAGGAGCAGAAACCUCUUGGUCAGGCUGACUGCUCAUCCCAGAUUCUCCCGUCUUCUGAGAAUUUGUUCCCCCCUAACCCUCCGAUAGGAGCUGAAGGGAUGAGAGGUGAGCGUCUGGCUCUGGUGGGGCCAGUCAGGUUCUCGCUUGGGAAUAAGUAGCAAGAUUCAGGGAUGCUCUUUCGGGCUCUGCAGGCCACUUACUGGAACACAUUUAAACUCUGGAGCUGUGUGUGUGUGUGUGUGUGUGUGUGUGUAUGUGUGUGUGUGUGUGUGUGUGUGUGUGGCCAGCGGGCCAGGGUUGAGGGAGGCACCUGCAUGAAUGUAGUAGAGAAAACGGCUCUGCUCAGAGAGAAGACAGAGAUGUGCAGAGCAAAGCAGAGACCAGGGAGGACCACAGGGGCCUGGAGAGAGGAGGGGCAGUGCUUCCAGGGGCCUGCUGGCUCCCUUCCUCCAGGCCCAGCCCGUCUCGAAGCUCAACAUCUGCGCUGCUUCCUUUGGGUCCUUGUGAGAUUCCCUGUUAAGAUACAUUUUCUUAUUUUGCUUAAGCUGAUUUGAGUGAUUAUCUAUUACUUGCAACCAAAAGAGUUCUGAAUGAGAUAAAUGCUUGUAUGCUAAAGCACAGUGUUUCUUGAAUUCCAGCCGUUUGUGUACUCCCCUCGUAAAUUUUGCAAUAUCCAUGUACCAUCUGUAUGUUUACUCAAGAAAUAUAUUUCUCUAAAUUGA